AUGCCCCGCCCACUGUUGCCUGAGGAAUACCAGGAGCUCGGCCGUCGCUAUUACAAGCUCAAGCAAUUCGACAAGGCCCUGGCGACGUUUAAUGAUGCCAUUGACGCGUCCCCGACGCUCGGCCUGCACGACCACCGCGCCGCGUGCUACGACAAGCUCGGCGACUACGAUGCCGCAGUGAGGGACGGCAGAGCGAUGAUUAAGCUCGACAAGCAGGAUGUGAGGGGAUACCUGCGCACUACCGCCGUACUGGAGAAGUCUGGCAAGCCUGAGAUUGCGCUUGGGAUAUACAAAUACGGCAUGAAGCAUGUCCCGGUCGACGACAAGAACUUCAAGCUCCUCCAGCAGCUGCACGACAAGCUCACCCGCAAGCUGUCCCCCGCCAAAGCCGUCGACCCGCUCACCAUCCUGCCUGUCGAGAUUGCCGAAAUGAUACUCGAAUACCUCGCCUUCCACAACAUGAUCAACUGCAUGCGCGUCAGCCGAGGGUGGCGUGACUACCUGCAGAAGCUGCCACGCCUAUGGCUUCAUCUCGAUAUGUCGGCAGCCAGACGACCCGUUCCUCGCAGCUUUGUCGACAAAGCCGUACGACGGUCCCAGUAUCGACUCGAAAAGCUCACACUGCAUCGUUUCCAGCAUAUGGACGUGGUUAAGAAUCUCGUCAAGGCUUGCAAGAGCCUGGAUGAGGUCAACAUACUAUCGCUGCCCGCGCAAACGGCAGACUCGCUGAUAGGAAUGGUCCAAUCGUCGACGAAUCUGAAGAAGCUCGUCGUCCACUCCGACGUGACUACGAAUACGUCCACGCAAAUACUCCGCUACGGUCAGAAGCUGGAGCACGUCGAGUAUCGAGCCCUGCAGACGUAUCGAUAUCAGGCAGAUUGGACAGGCCCGUUUCCCAACCUUGUACAUCUCCACGCCACGAUGCCGAUGAAACCCAACACCCACCAAAUGGACAUGGAUAAGCUCCUCACUCUGACGCCCUCCUUGCAGAGCCUCGUCCUGACCGACCUCGUCAUCAGCACCCUGCCCGUCGCGCAUCUGCCGCUCAAAACACUGACCCUGACGCGCGUCAAUAUGGCAUCCCUUCCGAUCCUCCCGCCCACACUCACCCACCUCACCAUACAGCUCUCGAUGGGCUGCAACAUGGCCACGUCCCACGCCAACAUGCUAGCCAGCCCAACCGCCAAGCUCACCCACCUGACCCUCGACGGCUUCAGCAACCUCAGCGCCACAACCUUCGCGACGCUACUAGACCACCACGCCCCAACCGCCUCGACGCACAGCACGCCUUCCGCGCAGCCCGGCGCACCUCUACAGCAGCUCUCUCUGUCCGGAACCCUCGACACAUUCACCCAGGGCCUCUUCCGCGGCGACGGCGUCCUGUCCACAUCCCCACGCAUCCUAACCGCCGCGCUCACCGCGCUGCGGCUCCACGACCUCCCCGUAACAGACGACGAGAUCGAGAUGCUGCCCGCGCGCGCGCCCGGGCUGAGGGUGGUGGAUCUAUCUGCGUCGCAGGUGACGGGCGCGAGUGUCAAGAUGCUGGUUGACGGGCUGAGGGGGCUGGAGACGGUUAGGGUGGAUGGGUGCAGGGUGGUGGGGAGGGAUGCGGUGGGGUAUGCGGAGGGGAGGGGGGUUAGGGUUUUUUGUCGGGGGGAGGGUAGAGGUAGAGGUGGCAGGAGGGUUAGGGAUGUGGUGUAG